AUGGAGAAAAAUAGUGAACGGUCGUACUUCUCAGAGAUCAGGAGGAGAAGGUCAACCCACGUUACUAACAACCAAAUCAUCCCAAAGGAUAGUGACGAAACAGUAGAGGAUUUGAAGAAAGUCAAGAAGUAUGGCAAGAAGAAACACAAGAAGGGAAUUCUCAAGAAAAAUAAUGAACCAAACACUAAUCAUUCUACAAAAGGACCAGCUAAAACAAUACCCAACUGGGAUGUAUUUGAUCAUGAUAGUUCUCAUAUUUUUGAUGAAGAAAUCGCUUCUGCUUCAGAAAGUGAUAGAAGACCUCCAACAAGAGACUCGGUGAAAGUAAUGCAGGAAGUAAAGAGAGAAAAUACUAUUGGGUUAAGACAAUCCAAGAAUUUUAACUUCAAGAUUGCUCCAACAAACAGAUCUCCUAAUGACAAUCACGCAGAUAAAAAGAAAGCAUUUGAAUAUAUAGACGAGGAGGAUGAUGAGCCUAUAGAAGUUUAUUACCAGGAUUUAAAUAACACACAAGUUGCAAACAAACUGCCUAACGAGCGAAUAACAAAAACAUCUGUUGCACUUUACCCAGCCUCUGGUAAAAGACUAGCCAAGAAAAACAAAAUGGGAGCACAAAAAGAUAAAAAGAAAAGGAAAAAGAAAAGUGACCGAGCUAAAGUGCACCAAAACAAUAAUAUCGAGAUAAAAAUGGAAGAAUCGUUUGAGAAAGAUCUUCUUAGACGUACCAAUGUUCUAACUGAGAAAAAUGGAAAUAACAGAAUAAAAGUAGGAAGUGAUAAAAAGAAAAUCAGAUCAAGAAGCAGAUCAUCAAACAGUGAUGAAAGCUUAAGCUUAAGCCCAAUAAAAAAACAAAGACUCCAGACUGACGAGAAUGAAGAAAGCUUAGAAGAGAUGGAUGAAAUAGAGUACAGGAGGAAAAAUUACAACACUGUUGCAUCAGUAAAGCCAUUAUAUAGACCUACUGUCAGAAGAAAGCGCAAUAGUAAUGAGAACACUCAAGUAAACAGAAUAACAGCAAAAACUGAAAUCUUUAAGCCAGUUCUCAAAAAUUCAACUUUUAUCAAGGAAUCUGCAAAUGUGAAGAAAAGAAGUUAUACAACAACUUCAAAUAAUUUUGAUAAGAAAAGAUACUCAACUACUCUUCCUCAACAAGGAUUCAGAGACCUGAUUGGCUAUGCGAACUUCAGAGAGGUUAGCUAUGAUAUCCCUGGAGCCAUUACUGUUGAGUACAAAGAAGAAAGUUAUGGAUCUACCCAGAAUAUAGUCCUUGACAGAGAUAGAGAUACUUUUGUCCUCCCAGAUCAGACCCAGCAAGAAUCUCGAAAUGAUUAUGAGUCAUGGGUCAACGUAUCCAGGAUGAGCAAAAGUAUAAGAAAUAUGAAAAGUGAUUGAUUCUCCAGGACUAUUAAUCCAAAUGAGAUCGCACUAAUCAACCGUCCCAAGUCAGGAGUGAGGCGGUAUGGGAAAUACAAGAAUGAAAGAGAAGCUGGGCUAAGUAUUAACGGUAAUAUCAAAAAUAACGAAGUGAUUACUUUUAAUAAACGCAAGCAUGAUUUUGACAAUGAUGACUAUUAUGAACAAAAAGAGCUGCUUUACGCAUCGGCCUCUCCUUCUAAAAAGAGAGUAUCUGGUAAAGGGGGUAAUGUCUAUCAGUAUGAAGUUGAUGAAAUUGAUGAUUUUACCCCAGAUCGGACAGAUACCUUAAGGAACAAAGAUGCCUUUGCAGAUUCUCAUAGAGUUGAUAGUUUGAGACCAUACAGCAGAAAUUCUCCUCAAAAAGAUACUGGAGGAUCUAAACUCCACAAUGCUACUUAUGGGGACCUAUCUCCUUUUAGUAGUGGAAGAAAAACUGUAAGAUUUGCUGAAGACGAGGAAGGGUUACUCAAGUCAGUCGCUGUAGAUCCUUCCUUCAAUGAAUCAGAUUUUGUGCACGACAUGCACAUAAAUUAUUAAAAAUCCGUCAUAAAUCUUUUUCAAUA